UUGUGUGUGUGGAAAGUUGGGUAAAUAUUGUUGUUGCUAUGUCACCUGUGUGUGUGUUUGUGUGCAGUCAUAGCAGUUUGAUUUCAUACUUUUUGCACCACCACACAUUGGAAAUGUCUUCAAGUUCCCUCAGUUCUUUUGUUGUUGGAUUGCUGCCACACGACAACAUGAAAGUUCAGACUCCUGAACCAUCUCAGGUCUGGAACCUUUGAGGUAACAUCAUUCUGUAAACUUGUGCUAUCUAACUGUUCUUCUUCUUCUUUCAGCGCUCCAAAUCACAGAAACACCUUCUGGGAAUGGGUUUAAGUGUCGCAGCAGUGUCCAGGAUGGUUUCUGGAGCAACACAAGUGGAUUCAGCCAAAAGUUCUGGAGUCAAAGCAGGUUCCAGAUUGGGUGCCUCCAUGCCCGAGAUGUUUACCGUGCUGCUGGUCACCUGGUGUCUGCUGUUUGUCGAUCCGGUUUCUUGCCACAAAAACUUCUCGUCUGAGCCAUCUCAGACGUCAGAUGUCUAUGGCACUGACCCACCACUGCAACCCGGGAUGGAUCACCGGAUCCAGACCCAGGACGGAGAUCUGGGGGGGUCGGCACAUUCAAACAAACCGACACACAAACAUGAAAGAAAUUUUCCGUCUCACUCGUCGUACUCCAACUCCUCCUUGAUGGUUCGUAUGCGCCCCAUGUUGCCUCCUAAAUGUCACGACACCAUGUCAAUAAAAACAGCCUUCAAGUACAUCAACACAGUAAUCUCCUGUGUGAUAUUUGCUGUGGGGAUCAUUGGAAACGCCACCCUGCUCAGGAUUAUCUACCAAAAUAAAAGCAUGAGGAAUGGACCCAACUCUCUGAUAGCCAGCUUGGCCCUUGGAGACCUGAUAUACAUCGCCAUCGACAUACCAAUCAAUGUCUACAAGCUCCUGGCGAUGCGGUGGCCGUUUGCUGACAGUCCGUUCGGACUGUUCCUCUGUAAGCUGUUUCCCUUCCUGCAGAAGACUUCAGUCGGCAUCACCGUCCUCAACCUGUGUGUUCUGAGCGUGGACAGGUAUCGCGCAGUGGCGACUUGGUCACGCAUACAGGGCACCGGUGUCCCCACGGUAACGGCAGUGGAGAUCGUGGUGAUCUGGCUGCUGUCCAUGGUGCUGGCCGUGCCGGAGGCCAUCGGCUUCAACAUAGUCACCUUCGAGUACAACCACACUAUCAUAAGGACCUGCAUGCUGCAACCCAAGACGCCCUUCAUGACUUUCUACCGGGAUGCAAAGGACUGGUGGUUGUUUGGCUUCUACUUCUGCGUACCUCUGACCUGCUCGGCUGUGUUCUACUGCCUGAUGACCUGUGAGAUGCUCAGACAUGAGAAAGGAAGUCUGAGGAUCGCACGGAGUGAACACCUUAAACAGCGUAGAGAAGUAGCUAAAGCCGUGUUCUGCCUGGUGUUGAUCUUUGCCCUCUGCUGGUUCCCGCUUCAUCUGAGUCGCAUCCUGAAGAGGACGGUCUACAAACCCCACGAUGUACAGCGCUGCGAACUGUUGAAUUUCCUGUUGGUGCUCGACUACUUCAGCAUCAACAUGACAACCAUCAACUCCUGCAUCAAUCCCAUAAUCCUCUACCUCGUCUCCAAGAAGUUUAAAAACUGCUUCAAGUCCUGUCUGUGUUGUUGGUGUUAUUCUGGCUCUCUCUCCAACAGUACGCUGCCUCUUCACAAUGGGACGAGCCUGCAGUACAAACACACUGACCACUGAGAGAGAGAGCCUGUUAUCCUCACACGCAACCAGCAACCAGCAACCGGCAACUCAAAUGGACUGACCAAAGAUAUCCAACCAGCCACGCUGUGUGAAGCAGCAGAUAUACCCUGUAAUGUUUAGUGUGUAUUUAUUCAGUUCUAUAUAUUAUGUGUAUAUAUUUUAUUACAGACUCACUGUUGUAUGAUAAUAUAUAAUAUUCUCUAUGGCCAGAAGUAUGUGGACACAUUGCUGUUGCCCGGUUACACUGCCCACUCACCUAGCUCCUGUUCUGGCACAACACCGGCUCCGCUCCCCUGUCAGCAUUCACCCUCAGUAAACCUCUUCUUCUUCCCGGUGGUCCAACACUAUAAUAACACUCCCACAGUUAUAUGUAAUGUUUGGGUGUCCGCUUACUUUUGGCCAUGUUUUGUGUUUGUUAUUAUGUUUUAUAUGUAAAUAUUUUUGUUGUAACGCUUCCUGUAAAAGAAGUAAAACAAGUCUAAAUCUGCACUAGCGGCCCCUAGAGGCUGAAUCUUUCACUACAUCCCACAAUAUGAAAAUAUGACUUCAAUUUUAAAUAAUGCGACUAAAGCUUUGUCCUAACGGUGGCACUAAAGGAACUUUUAAAGACAUCGUCAGGAUUAUCACGGCACGCUGAAAUCUGGUCAGUUUAGUUGUCAAGACUCUUAGAUAAUGUUCUGACGUCACAGUUUGUAUUUAUCAAUAAAGAUAUAUUCUCAGUGUG